GUUAUUGUGAAAGGUAAGACAGGCAGUCGAAACCCUCCGCUAGUAGUAAAUAUUUAUUGUUUACGAACGCGUGCUGUCCGCACAGAGACCUUCCAUACAGCAGCCAUGGCACAGGCCCAAGUCGCAACAACGAUCAUGUCUCUGCAAGACGCAACAACGACAAAGACAGCAAAUGGUGUAUCCAAUAUGGCAACGCUGGGUGAAAACAGCUGGGAGGAAUUUUCCAUAGAUGUGCCCUGGGGCACAGUGGAAGGCAAAUGGUGGGGAUCUCGGAAUCGGCAGCCAAUUCUGGCAUUGCAUGGCUGGCAGGAUAAUUGUGGCUCCUUUGACCGGCUGUGUCCGCUGCUGCCCGCUGACUACUCCGUGCUGGCCAUCGAUCUGCCCGGACACGGACACUCCUCGCACUAUCCGCAGGGCAUGCAGUAUUUCAUAUUCUGGGAUGGGAUUUCUUUAAUUCGGCGCAUUGUGCGCAAAUACAAUUGGAAGAAUGUGAUCCUCUUGGGUCACUCGCUGGGCGGUGCACUGACCUUCAUGUAUGCCGCCAGUUUUCCGGAUGAGGUGUCCAAGUUGAUCAACAUCGAUAUUGCUGGACCCACUGUACGAGGCGUCAAGCGAAUGGCGGAGGGCACUGGCAAGGCGCUAGAUAAAUUCCUCGACUACGAAACACUGCCGGUGAGCAAACAGCCCUGUUACUCGUACGAGGAGAUGAUUAAGUUGGUGCUAGACGCCUACGGUGGCUCCGUGGAUGAGAACGCUGUGAAGGUUCUAAUGGAGCGCGGCAUGAAAGCGAAUCACUCGGGAUUCCUCUUUGCACGCGAUCUACGGCUCAAGGUGAGCCUGCUGGGACUGUUUACAGCGGAACAGACACUCGCGUAUGCCCGGCAAAUACGCUGCAAGGUACUCAACAUUCGAGGUGUGCCCGGCAUGGAAUUCGAAUCGGGUGAUUUCUAUUCAAAGGUCAUCGCCACACUCAAGGAGUGCGCCGGGCAUGUCGUCUAUGUGGAAGUGCCGGGCACACAUCAUCUCCACCUGGUCACACCGGAGCGGGUGGCGCCGCAUAUUACUCAAUUUCUUGUAAAUAAGUAGUUAUAGUAAUACAAAACCCGUUUCAAAUUCUGUCAACAUUUGUCUUGCGUUACGUAUUUCCAUUUACGUUGCGUUACGACAAAUGUGCUAACGGUUCGUAGGAGGCUUGACACUAAAAAAAUAUAAGGUAUAUUUUUGUCCAUUCACCAGUA